AGUCCUAUAUAAGCUUCUUGAGGCGGCUGAUCUCUCUCGCUCGUUUCUGUUUAGCUCGUUGUGUUUCAGUGUCUCUGCUCCUCACCACCCAGUGCCAUGGCUGCCAAGACUGAACGGACCUUCAUCGCCAUCAAGCCCGAUGGUGUUCAGCGCGGACUCGUCGGCGACAUCAUCAAGCGCUUCGAGCAGAAAGGCUUCCGCCUGGUGGCCCUCAAGUUCCUCCAGGCCCCCGAGGAUCUGCUGAAGCAGCACUACAUCGACCUGAAGGACCGUCCCUUCUACCCCGGCCUGGUCAAGUACAUGAGCUCCGGCCCCGUCGCCGCCAUGGUGUGGGAGGGUCUGAACGUGGUGAAGACCGGCCGUGUGAUGCUGGGCGAGACCAACCCCGCCGACUCCAAACCCGGAACCAUCAGAGGAGACUUCUGCAUCGAAGUGGGCAGGAACAUCAUCCACGGCAGCGACUCUGUGGAGAGCGCCAACAAGGAGAUCGCUCUGUGGUUCAAACCCGAGGAGCUGGUCUCCUUCAAGAGCUGCGCCUACGACUGGAUCUACGAGUAAAAUCCGAUCUCAUCUGAUCUGUUUGUGUACCGUUAACAUGAAGCACUUGGUGAAUAAAAACGUCUCGUCUGA